AUGCCAGGCUAUAGUGUCAACGCGCAGGCUGCGCUCAUCAAGGCCAUCAAACGAGUCUUCGAGCCGAAACGCAUGGUAGAAUCAGUCGAGGACCUCAUCGACGGUGUCACCCUUGGUCUAAUUCUACAUCAACUGGAUCCUAGCUUUGACACGUCCGCCCUCGAGACAAAUUCCAACACAUCCCGCUAUUUGACAAACAAGCGCAACAUUCAGAGCAUCUACAAGGGUCUCUUCCGCUACAUUCGACGAGCAGUUCCCGAGCUUGCUUGUCAGGCAAAAAAGUUCGACUAUCAUGCAAUCGCUGAGAAUCCCGAUGCUCAAGGCAUCAGUCAGCUCUUGGCUGUCAUGUUGGGAGUGGCCGCACUAGGUCCCGAAGCCCAGCAUUAUAUUCCUCGGAUAACAGGUCUCGACAAACACACUCAGGCAGAGAUUAUGCAAAUAAUCCAGACAAUACAGCAGGAUAUUAACAGCUCACAAGGCGACGAUGAUGUGGAUGAAGCCAUCGACGCUGUUAUGGAGGCGCGAGACAUUGAUCUACUCGUUGAAGAGCAGAAUGCAGCCUUGCGGUCGCAACUUGACUUAACAAAGAGACAACUGUCAGAUUAUAUCACCAGGCUUGAUCAUUUACAAACAAGUCACGAAGAGCUCCGGUUUGAUAAAGAGAAGAACGACCGAGAGCUGGAGGUCUUGCGGAAGGCCACUAUAGAUGGUGCUAACAAUGCCGAGAUGAUCAAAAACCUAGAGAUUCAGGUGCAUGACCAGAUGGAACUCAUUGCUAGACAUGAGGAAACAAUACGAAGAGACGAGCGCAUCAAGUCGCAACUCGAAGCUGAAGUCCUCAAAUUGACAGAAAAAUGCAAAGAGGCAGAAGAGCUUCGCGACCAAGCAACGGAAUGGAAACACAAAGCUGAGGAUCUCGAGAAGAAGGCCAAUACUGCAGAGCGGUAUAAGCAGAAACUCGAGUCCCAGCAACAUCUCGUCAAGGAGGUGCAAAACCUACAAUAUGAGAAAACGGAGUUACAAGACCAAAUUAAAAUCCUGCUGGAAGAUCAAGAUAGGGGGAAUCGGACGAGGAAAGCAGAGGAUGAGUUGACCAAGAUGAUUACUCAAUCCGAGCAACAUCUUUGGGACGAACGCAGCCAAAAGAACCAGCUGAUGAAGGACAUCGCAGCACUGGAGGACGAGGUGAUUCGCUUGAGGGCACGUCAAAGCCACGAUGAGAACUUCAUCAAGGAUCUCCAGGAGCAACUAGAGAGUGGAGGAGCCGCACAAAGCGCAGAACCCGGCGCGUUAGGUCUGACAGGAAAUCUCGAGGAUGAACUUAACGAUGCAGCUACCGAGGACGGCCAACCUAGCCAAGUUAACCUGCCCCUAGAACUAUCUCGCCUAAAGGCCGAGAACGAUUUGCUGCGUAGCACAGUCGGCUCUGGGGAUACCGCGCCACUACGCCGAGAGCUGGACGAAGAGAAGCGACAACGUGCUCACCUUCAAAAGAACUAUAACGACAUUUUCGAAAAGCAUGCUGUUUUGCAUGAUCAAAUGGAGGCUCUGAUCAACAACAUGACCGGCGAAGGGACCAAGGCCUUUCUCAACAUUAAACAGUCAUUAUUGCAGUGCGAAUUCGAACUCGAACAGUCGAAGAAGAGGGAGAAGGACCUCUCCGUUCAGGUGGCAGAUCAAGGCCGCGAACUUCUUGCUGCUAAGGCUCAGCUCUCGGCUCUCGACAAAGAAGGGGCAGAUGCUCUUAAGGAGCUCAAGGGCGCUGAUGUUACCAUCAUCUCGUCCCUCAAGUCUGAGCUCGACUACACAAGAGAGCAGCUCAGCUACACUAUCGCCGAGAGAGAUGCGCAGCAAACCCAGCUCGUCGAUGCUCUCCUUACCAAGGAUAAGCUGCGUAAGGAGGUGGAAGAGGGCCGGGAGCUGCAAGACAUCAAUGGCACAGGCGAUGCACCACCUGACCCCAGCAAGAAGGGUGAGCUGAUUGAGAAGCUGCGUGCCCGCCUCAGAGAAAUCCGCGAGCAACUUGAACGAUCGGAGACGGACAGGAUCGACCUACAACGUAAACUCAAGGCUGCACACGAUGGCGAGGCUGUGGCUGCACAAAAGGCCGCGAGCGAUCAAAUUAUCCGGAACCUUGAAAGAGAAAACGCUCUCAUCUCAUCAGCAUGGUAUGAUCUUACGAGCCGGCUUCAGAGCAACCAUGUCGUUUUGCAAAGGCGGCACGAAGCUCCGCGGAGCUGGCUUAACAAGCAGAGGCAGAUGGUCAAUGCGACCCCGAAGCGAUAG